CUCCCCACUCCAGCAAGAUUCUAGAAAAUGAGCAAGAGAGUGAUUUUCAGCCCAGAAGGCGAAUACGAAAGAGCAGUAAAAGUUGGGAGAAACAAGGAGAGGGUGACAACACCAGUGUGGAGCUUCAAAUUCCCCCAGAAGUCUUCACUGUUUAUGCCGGCCAGAUUUCUCAAGAGCUUAGGAGCCAAGAUGUCGAAAGCCGUCCGUUUGAUGUCGAGUUCUAAUAGGAAGAGAUCGUCGCGUAAAGUUUCUUCUGCUAGUAGCUUGGUAAGGUCCAGGUCUUAUGCAGAAACGCUGGUUGAUUCCCAGAGAGCUGAGGCUAUUGAGGAUUGCAUUGAGUUCUUGAACUCUUCUUCGUCUUUGCCCAGAUCAAGCUCGGUUUCCAGUUCUUUUUAAGGUUAGUUUCCUGGUAUAGAGUGGAAACUCUUGUGUAAAUUUAGCCCCACCAAAAAAAAAAGUAAAGAAAGAACAGGAGAGAGAAAGAGAGUAGUUUGUUGAUUCGUUGAUUCAGUGUUUUCAUGUAAGAAAUUUUACAGAGAUUUGUUGUUUUUGGCAUGGCUAGCUUAGAAGCAGGGCAGUAGGAGAGAGAGUGUUGUUUUUGGACCAAUGCCUGUCUUUCAUUGGCAGAGCUCCAGUGUGGAUUUUCUACUAUUUUGUUUUCUUCAACAACUCUUUCUCAUAUAAUUUGUUUGUUACACUUUUUUAUGAUACUGCAUUUGCCUGUA